AUGAUGAAACAAAGUCCUCUUUCGCCCCCUGCCUCCCCAUUGGUAGAUUUGGAGUCGAAGCCAGUGGUGAAGGUGAAUAACGGACACUGCAGAACAGUGGUUCCUGUAAAUAAAGUCACCAACAUCGAGAGGGCCACGCUCACGCUAGCCAAGGCGUUCCAUGACUCAAAGGCGAACGACUACUUGAUGAAGAAGUUCGCGAACAUUCCUUCCAGUGAGGAGGUCCCCAAGGCACGGAUCAACGAGAUCUUGCAUCAGUUUAACCUGCUAUACGCAGCCAAGGGCGGGGAGAUUGUUGAGGCCAACGAUUUCGACGCCGUGGCUGUCUGGACUGGCCCUGGUCACCAUUUCGACCAGGACCUUACUAACGAUCCAGUGUUCAACCACAUCUUCUUUGAAGUUUUGCAUGACAAGAGAGACGAAAUCUUGAAGGAGUUGGACUGCUACUACCUGUUCAUCGUCGGCAAGGACUUGACGAAUCCCAAAGUUAGAGGCUCUGUCAGGGCCAUCUUCGACACCUACAAGCGUAAGGCGGACGAAGAAGGCGUUGCCCUUGUCCUCGAGGCCAUUAACGAGCAUGCCAGGUCCGUUUACGAGUACUUCGGCUUCAAGAACUACCACACUUUUCAUUUCGGCGCUGGUGAAGUCGAUGCUAACGGCAAGGCGAACCCCAAUGGAGAGGGUUUCGUCGGCUAUCUAAUGAUUUACUACAAGGACGAAUUGCCUGGCGCAAUUGACAACUGA